GCUCCUGACUCUGCCCUGCUCUACCCGCGCGGCUCCACCAUCCCCUGAGCAGACCGAGCGGCCGCCUCACCCAGCCCAGCGGCCGGCGGGACCCGGCGGCGCUGAGGCUGUGAGAGACCAGGGCACCGGACCGAGAAGCACUCGAAGCCCAAGUCAGGAGAGCGAGUCAGAGCGGGGCUCCUCCAGGAUGGAAGUGAGGCUUCUUCUCUUAGGGAAGCAUGGUGCAGGGAAAAGUGCCACAGGAAACAGCAUUCUGGGCAAAGCCGUGUUCGAGUCCAGGUUCAGUGAGCAGCCAGUGACUAGAAGCUGCCAGAGAGGGAGUGGGGUCACGCAGGGGAGGGAGGUUUUGGUCAUCGACACCCCCGACAUUUUCUCUUCGGAUAACAUUAAGCGCUGCUUGGAGCUCUCGGCUCCCAGCCUCCACGCUGUGCUUCUGGUAAUUCCCCUUGGCAACUAUACAGUGGAGGACAGACAAACAGCCGAGCACAUCCAGAAUGUGUUUGAAGAGAAAGCCAGGAGGCACACCAUUAUCAUCUUCACUCGGAAGGACGAGGAGGGCUCGCUGGAGGACUACGUUAAAAACAACACAUCUAUCUGGGACUUGGUUCAGCGCUCUAGUGGUCAAUACUGCACUUUCAACAACAAGGCAAGUAAGGAUGAGCAGGAGGCCCAGGUGAAGGAGCUCCUCUGCAAGGUCGAGGAUUUGGUGGAAAAUGAAGGACCAUAUGCAGUGAACUUAAGGGAUGAAGACAGUAGAUUCCAGGAUUCUGUGAAUGAAGACACAUCUCAGCAUAUUAUGAAUGAAGACACAUCUCAGAGGAAGGACCAUCCACAUGGGUCAGGGGAGCAGCAUCAGCACAUGAUAGGAUGGGAACCGAGCCCCAGGCUGCCAGCCCUGAAGGUCCUGCUGGUGGGGAAGCGUGGUGUGGGGAAAAGUACAGUUGGAAACAGCCUUCUGGGGAAGCGGGUCUUUGAGACUCGAUUCAGUGAAGAGCCAGUAACCUGGAGGUGCAUGUCUGAGAGCAGAAUCUGGAGAGAGAGGCAAGUUUUGAUCAUUGAUACUCCAGACAUCUCAUCUUCAAAGGACAUUGAACAAGACCUUGUGAACAACACCUUCCCGGGUCCUCAUGCUUUCCUGCUGGUGACUCCCCUGGGCUCCUUCAAUGAGAAAGAUGACAUGGUGCUAAGCACAAUCCGAUGCAUUUUUGGGGACAAAUUCAUCGAGUACAUGAUCGUUCUCCUCACCAGGAAAGAAGAUCUAGAGAAUCAAGACUUAGAAAAGUUCUUAGCCAGAAGUAAAAGGCUGGAGGAGCUCAUCAACAAAUGUAAAAACCGAUACAGUCUCUCCAACUACAGAGCUAGGGAGGAAGAGAAGCAAUGCCAGGUGGAUAAACUCCUGCAGGAAAUUGUGAGCAUGGUGCAGCAGAAUGGGGACAAGCCUUGUACUUUCAGAGAGAAAGAGCCCCUGUGCAUUAUCCUCGUGGGGAAGAGCGGGACUGGGAAGAGUGCCACUGGGAACACCAUCCUCGGGAGCCCGGAGUUCCACUCUCAGCUGAAAGCACAGCCCGUCACCACGAGCUUCCAGGAAGGCUGGAGGACAUGGAAAGGGCAGGAUGUUGUGGUUGUGGACACUCCACCACUCUUUCAGGAGUCCAGAGCUGAAGGGGACCUAUCCCAGCUUGAAAAGGCAGUCAAGGACUGUAGGUCCUACUAUAAAGAAGGGAGUACAGUUCUGGUUGUGGUGUUACAGCUGGGACAGAUCACUACAUGGGACAAAAAGGCAGUGGUGGAUCUAGAGCACAUCUUUGGAGCAGAAGUUAUGAAAUACAUGAUCGUGCUGUUCACCAGGAAGGAAGACCUAGAGACUGGGAACCUUGAUGAUUAUGUCAACAACACAGAUAACAAGUAUCUUAAGAGCAUAAUUGAAAAAUGUAAGGGGAGAUAUUGUGCUUUUAAUAACAAAGAAACUGGCCAAGCCAGGGAAGACCAGGCAGCAGAGCUUUUGACAAUGGCCAGUGAAGUGAUAAAGGGCAGUGGACAGCAUAAACAUCCCCAUACAUGGGAUGUAGGCAAAAUAAUGAAAAAUAUUCAGGAAAAGCCCUCCAAAUUACUAAGUACUUUAAAGGAAAGGUUCUAGGAAAAUGAAAUGGGGUCUCUUUAAUUUGAAGAUACCCUCAGGCUACAAGCAUGGGGGAGGCAUGGCAGGGGGACGGGAAGAGGGACCAUGACUUUGAGAGCUUGAGAGAUGAAUGUAUCUCAGCUUGUGUUGCUUCAGCUCUUUGUAGGUAAAUAAAUAGUCAGACGGGGCAUGUAGUAGGGGAUAAUAAAGGAGAAAGAAGAAAUAAGUUAGGGAAAGCUGGGGAAAGGCUUCAGAUAUUAAGCUGAUAUUAAGGAUCAGAGUCAAGUUACAAGAAUCACUUCACUUGUGUAGGUAGACUGGAGUCAGGAUAGACACUGGGACUAAGGCUAAGGCGAGCCUGGGGUCAGAAUUCAGAUAGUCACAUGAGAACCAGGGGAUUCAGCUACAUGAGUGUAAGACAAUGUCCUGCUAACUCCUGGGCAUGGCAGAAUGGAGAUGUUGGACUCCUGUGAGCAUCUCUGUUGCUGGGCACUGCUUGCCAGGUUCUCCCAGCUCCCCAUCUCCCCCAGGGGCACUCUCAGGACCUUCUUUUCCUCAUGUGGUUACUCCUUACUCCUUUCUUUGUUCCAAGCUGGAGUGGAAAGUGGGACCCAGUCUACCCUCCUUUGCUCCCCCGAGGAAAUGGACAUCAGUCUGUGAUGUAUCAAAAGAUUUUAUUGCUAAUCAUUCAUGGUGACACAGACUAGAAUAAAAAUUAGAAGCAUGGUAAAAUUGCUAAUUAGAUAAUCUUGUAAAAUUUAAAAAUCUAAGUAAAAUUCUAGAUGUCCUCUAGAAUUUUCAGAAAAAGUUCCUAAAACUCCUUUGCAUUUCUUUCUCUCUUCGUCUCCCUUUCUCUUUCUUUCCACUCCCAUCCCAUCCCCUGAGGCUUUUGCAU